AUGGCGCUGUCUCGCCGCAUGGCCGCCGCUCCCGUCCUCGUCCUUCUUCUCCUCCUCGUCGCCACAGAGCUGGGGACGACGCCGGUGGCGGAGGCGAGGCACUGCCUGUCGCAGAGCCACCGGUUCAAAGGCCUGUGCGUGAGCAGCAGCAACUGCGCCAACGUCUGCCAGACCGAGAACUUCCCCGGCGGCGAGUGCAAGGCGGAGGGCGCCACGCGCAAGUGCUUCUGCAAGAAGAUCUGCUAG